AUGGCAAACACUUCGUUCCGAGACUCAGUGAACUCGUUAGGCUGGUCGCGCAGAGACCCAGAUUAUCCUGUACAGACCAACAACGGCGGUUCUCAGGCACCCUUCCUGUCGCGCUUGCAGGCCUACAAUCCCUUUGGCCAAGGUGGAUAUGUUCAGCUUCCCACACACAAUGAAGCGCCCGGUGCGCCACUGCCUGCGCCAAGUCGACGGGAAGAGGAGGAGGGGUUCUUUGCCUUGAGUCGAUGGGAUCGAAUGCUCAUUUUCGGUGCCUGUAACCUGGGCGCCGCCGUCUGCUUCUUGAUUUGCUUCUUCCUCUUCCCCGUGCUGACGCUCAAACCUCGGAAAUUUGCCGUCUUAUGGUCGGUUGGUUCAGCCCUGUUUUUGCUGUCAUGGGCCGUUCUCAUGGGACCCUGGUCUUACGCGAGACAUUUGGUUUCGGGGUCACGUCUCCCUUUUACGGCCGCUUACUUCGGCUCUAUUGCCUUGACUUUAUACUUUGCGAUCGGUCGUCAAAACCUCCUCCUUACCCUCAUCUCCUCGAUUUUCCAACUUGCCGCUCUGGUCUGGUAUCUUGUCAGCUACUUCCCCAUGGGCAGCACUGGACUUCAGUAUGUGGGUCGAUUCGGUAUCUCGAGAGUGUCUGCAUGGGUGAGUGGGUAG